UCAACAUUAAGACAAUGAACAUCGUCAUUAGCAACAUUUACUCUUUAAUGUUUCCAUAUUUAUGUGUUUUUCUUUGGUAGAUAAGAUUUACUGUGCCGCUCACACAUGUGUUUCUAAAAUCUUCCACAAAGGUGAAGACAGAAAAGUCGAUGUUACCAAAAAAAACUUUCAGCUCAGUGCCAGGAGUGGUGCCCUUUUUAUCUUAAGUUCCAACCAAUGAUUGCAUGCACCGCUGCUGUUAAUGUGUAUUUAUAGCAUUUUAAAAUUGGUGAAAGAGUUCGUCAACACUGACAGUCUGGCGCAUAUUGCUUUUAAUGGUUAGCCUCAGCUCAAUAUCUACAGCAAACAAAGACAAAGGGUGGAAAGUUCAAGUCUGGACAUGAUGUUCCAAGAAAAAUAGCCACUCAAAAUUCAAUUUAACGUGGAUAAGAAUCACAAAACUUUCCACUAGUUCAAAAUGUCUUUGAUUUCACAAUAAUGGAAUCCACAGUUAGAUAACAGAUAAUGAACCUGUCCGGUGUUGAAAAGGUGGAAUUUUUUGAUGCAGGUUUUUGUUAUAAAAAGACAAGCCUGCUAAUUGAAUUCCAGUCUUGGUAAGAAAAUAAAACAAAUGAAAGAUUGGAGAAUAAGAGGCAAAGAUUUAACCAGAGAAUGGGUAAACCUUCAAGAAACAGCUUGGUUGCUGUGUGUGCAGUCACUCUCAUCUAUUUGAUGUGUGUGAGCCAGGCAGCUCCUCCAGUCUGUGAAAGAUUGGUUCACCCUCUGGAUCAGCUGGCUCCUCAUCAUUUCGAGGGCAGCUGGGCUCUAGUCGCAGGCAGUCUCAAUCACUCACCAUCCAUGGAGGCUCUGAGACGUCGAGACAGCAUCACGAUGUACUUCUCCAACUCCAGCGAAGCUUCAACAUUGUCUUAUACCCAGAUCAACCGCUUUGGUGAUCAAUGCCAAUACCUGCGGUACAACAUCUCAGCUGAAGGCAGCACUUUUACCUUUGAUGUGCAGAGUCGUUUCAGCCUCAGUAUGUAUUUCCUCCACACGUCCUGCCCAGACUGUGUGGUAAUGAAGUGGGUUGUGAAGUCAAGCAGGAGGAUUUCUACGGACUUGUACCUGCUGAGCAGAAGGAGGGAGGUGGAGCAGAAAGAGCUGGAAGAGUUCAGAGCUCAGCUGAAGUGUUAUCAAUUGCCUGAGCCUGUUGUGAUGGAUCCUACCAAAGAGCUUUGUCCAGAACAGCCUGAGAACCAACCAACAGCAGCAGCAGCUCCUCAGGCUGAGGAGACAGUGGCUCAAAAGACAUAAAGGACACUGACACAUUAUAUUCAGUUACACGGGGAAUUACUCUUACAGUGUUAGUAAGUGCUUCUUACAGACUGGAUGUUUUUAACUUAAUCAAAAGUUAUACUUUAAACAAAAGUUAUAUUUUUCAUUUGAGGGAGAUGUUGCGAGUAGAUUAAAUAUUUGUUUUAUUAUGGACACCUUGGUAUUAUUAUUUAUUGCCUAUUAACUCUCAGUUGAAGCUUUUUUAAGAAUUUGACUUGCUCUUUUUUUAGAUUUCUAAAGGUAAAGUGAUUUAGAGCAUCUAGAGGGUAUAAUAGUGUGUUGUCAAGAUUGCAAAGUGCUAAAACAAGCUUGUCACUUCAUGUUCUUUCAUGAAAAGUUAAACUGAUGCACAAUUAAAUUCCCUAUUGCUGAAUCCAGUAACCUCAGAGUUUUUGUACGUACAGUACAAUACGACCUUAUUUGGUCUGGAAAAAAUUCUUUUAAUCCAUUAACACCUAGUGUAACUUUUCUGGCCAGUUUGUGUGGAAACCUGUGCUAAACUGACCUAUGACUAGGGACAGGAAUUGAUGCAGUUUUACUGAUACAGUACCAAUGUUAUUAUUUCUGCCACUGAUUACAAUUAAUACUGCAUAUUGACCUGGUUCUUUAUUGAUUCCCUUACCAAUUCUGACCCAGUUUUGUUUCUGGUGCAGAAGUACACCUACAUAGGUUUUUAGCAUCUAUAGCAUUGCUUUAUCAUCUAAAAUUCCCAAACAGAAUAAUGCCCAGUGCUAACUGUAGCAUUAGUUUCUCCAUCAGCAUCUAAAAUUGGGAAACUGAGAGAAUGAUUGCAUGACAUUUGUUUCGAUUUAAGCAAACCGGUAAAGAAACAGUUCCCAGUAGUUUAAUUCUGUGGAAUUGUUAGUCUGAUUGCCUGUAAGUCCUGCUUAUCGGUGCACUUGUGCUACAAUCAGCUGAUUUCAGUUCAUGUCCCGGAGGAGUCCUUAGCAUGGAUAUGGGCAUUACUUUUAUUUUUAUUGCACAGAUCAGAGUGUGAUGAUAAAGUGAAAACCAGAAUGCAAACAUGUGCAUUAUCCUCCUAAUACAACUUCAGCCCUUUGCAAGCAUCUGCACAGACAGCAUGCUAACGCUAAGCUAGCCAAGAACCCAGAGUGAUAAUAAAGCUGAGUGAAUGCUGACCCCAGCCCAGCAGCCAGACCCUGAACUUCAGCAGGUGACAAAUGCAGUGAUGGGCAGUCAGGCUGGAGCCUCUGUUUAUACUUGUUCGUGUUUCUAAAGCAGAAUCACUGCGGCCGUCACUUUAAAGUCUCUUUGUGCUGGUUUGAUAUUUGCUGUGUGUUCAUACCUAAAUACUGAGAGAAAGAUUGUAUGUGUGUCCUCAUUAGGACAGGGACUUAGUUUUAUUGGUUUCUGGGACUGUAAACUAUAGGUUUAUAUUGUUUUGAGUAAUGAAGCCAACACAACACAACAAAGAAAGGAAAAACCUUCAAUAUGCAUAAAAAUUUGGCCACACAGCAUGUAAUCAAUAUGCACAAAUGUAAUGUCUGUCUUUAAGUCAUUCCUGCAGUUUAACUAAUUGGUGUGUGCCAUCUGGCUUCAUGGAAAGAUAAAGAUUAGUUAUAGUAGGAUCUUUACCUUGAGGCUACUCUUGUUGUGAUUUUGCACUAUAUAAACUGAAUCAAAUGUCUGUCUCUGCAAACCACAGUCUAUUUAUUCAUAAGGCUAACCAAGCCUACUCUUGUUAGCUAAUAGUUUAACACUAUUGUCCAAAUGCGAUCCAACUCCAAUCCAGUCCAAUAGGAUUAUUACUACAUAUUUUCAAAUCCAUGACAGUAGAGUAAGCCUGGAGCACAUGUGUUUGAGCAGACUCUCAUGCAUAUUUGUCCACGUAUUAGUGAAUGUGGGUGAAUGAAAUACAAAUGUAGGCGUGCACAAUUGUUGCACUGAUGGUGUUGGUGUGCACAAACGAGGAGAGCCGGGCUCUGAGGCAUUGUGAGAGCCGAGAGCAGACCGAGUCCUGUUCUGCUGAUUACACAUCAGUGAAUAGAAGCAAGAGAAGUGUGUAUUACACAGGAAUCUAGCAUUUGGAGGGCUUCUUCAAGGCAGACUGACUGGCUGGAGGCCAAGCAACCUGACUGCUCCAAACACUUCUACAUCAGCAGACCUGUCACCAUGGCAACAAAACCCACGGCCUGGCAGGAGCAGUGCCCUGUCAACUUACUUGACGAGUUGGUCAAUGAGUCUCGGGCGAGGGGUGACAACGUCCCUCUGAAAGGCUUAAAGGCACCCAAGGCAGAACCCGAGGAGGACAUAGACAUCCUGGAGCCUGACGCUCAGGUCAAAACUCAGCGGGAGAAAGAGACUAUCUCAAAAAUCAAAAAGCCUGAUGCGACUAAAAUGGAAAAUGAAGGAGCCGCGAGAAUUAGGGAGACAGAGGAAGCAGUGAUGGGAUCAGAGCAAGUUCCUAAAAACCUAUCGGGAGGACUAAAGACUCAGGAGGAACCUGAAGUUGAGUUAUGCGAGGAAGCUUUCCCACCUACACCUUCCUUGAGUGCCUUAUCAGCAGGAGUACAGUGUGACAAAGAGGGCUUUUGCACCCCUGAGGGUGAGGUGGCAGAGUGUAUCAGUGAUGUUGAUGUCAUUUCAGACCCAACAGAAGACAUUACUUCUUUCGAGAGCCAGAAUAGUCAAGAAUGGCUAAAGGCAUCUCAGAUGACUGAACCAGCUGAUCAGAAGACAUAUAAACCGUCUGUAACAGAUGGAAUAAGUACCGGUAUAGUGGAAAAUAAUGUGCUACGACCUGCUCACCCUUCUCCCUCUGACAUUAACACUACAGAUGACGCGCAUACUGUGAGUUCCCCUCCUUUUGCAGAUGAAAGUGAGGAAGAAGAGGAAGCGAGCAUUGAUAUUAUGGAACUGAACACAUUAAAUAUCAACAGCAAGUCUUUCCAACCUUUAUAUUUAGUUUCCACUAAUCAAGAGCCAGACUCAGCUUUGCAUGCAAAACCCUCAGAUAAACACCAGGAGGGGCUGUUGUUAAAGAACCAACGUGAACCUGCCCUCAGAGGUGUAAACCAGGAAGCAGGACAACAGGUGCCUGGCCAGGGAUCUCCACCUUUGUCGACCGUUGCCAUGGAGCCAUCCAAUCCGGGUGGGGCUGCUUCUGCUACAGGCUUUGCUUGCGUUGUUGCUGUGAGAGAAAGGCACAGCAGGGCGGGGGAAAGAACAGAGGGAGAAAAUGAGCAAACAGGUGGGGAGGAAGGGCAGAAAGAGAGCGGACUUAAAAGGAACAAGCCAGCUGGGCAGCAACACAGCGGGGGACUGUUAAGAUAUUCACAAACAGUCCAAAUACAAGAGCCGGAGAUAGAAAAAUAUAGCUGUGGUGUGUCUCUGAAGCACAGCAAACACACCAGGAUGGAGAAUGACCCAUGUGACGAUAGCCAGAGUGACAGUGGAGUAUCAGCUGAUUUCUCCCCGUCCAACACUUUGGAGAGCUCUCCAUCAACUGUAACCAGAGAGACUCCCAUUGAGAGGGAGAUCCGAAGGUCUAUAGAGCGGGAACAUAGCCUGAGAAGAUCCAGAGGGCUUCCAAAUCUACGCAUCACUCCAGAGUAUGUAGAGGUUCCCUUAAGAAAAACUGUUCUUUCCAAUUCAGUAGCUGUGAAGACUGAGUGGUGUCAAGACAAAGAUAGAGAGUUUGCUGGCAAAAAGAUGCUGUAUGAGAUUCAAACGGAGGCCCAGAGGGAGCAGGAUCUGGUCAAGCUUGGGAAAAUUCCAGGUUUUUAUGAUAAAGGCACAGUCCGACAAAUAAGGGAGAAGAAACAGAUCUUUGAGACCUUUCAGACACCCAGUGACUCAACUUUUACAGCCUCAACCAGUCGCAGGGCCCCAUCGGUUUCUUCUGUCAGCAAUGGUUCAACUCCCAAGAAGCAGGAAGACAUCUCAUCACAGGUGUCCACCACAGAAGACACACGUGUCGAGAAGAGACACAGUUUAGAUCUACUUAGCCCGACACAGACCCCAAACUCUCCCAUAGGACGGGGUGUAACCAAAAACAGUCUUCAAGGACCGGGUAUCUCACAGGGGACAAGUCGACAAGUCAUAAUCUUAGAGAACAACCUGAAGAACACAACACAGAAGAAACACCAAGACAAACCAGAGGGUAUUACUGUUGUCGACUCUGGAAGUCCUUACAUCUUAUCGUCACAGAAAGGAGGGAAUGAAAAAGUUACAGAAAAAAGACAAGAAAAGGAGGAAGAGGAGGUGGAGGAUUUAGUACCCAAGGAGAACCCCUUUUUCAAGCUGCGCUCUUCAAACAAUUUAGUGAAAGUGAAGGAGGAUAUCCAGGAGGCCCAGAAGAGGGAGAAGGAGCUUCGUAAGCAGAGGAUUAGUCUGUAUGGGGGAAGUAGUGGUGUUGGUGGUACACAAGGACAAGGAGGGGGAGAAAGAGCGGGAGGAAGGCCAGUCAGCAUGGAGUUAAAGAGUCCUGUGCUGUCAUUAAAUGGACUGGCCGUUGCUGACACACCUGGGUCAUCAUCCAAAGGAGAAACUGGACCCUCAGCAGCACGCCUGUCAGUCAGCAAGUCAUUUGUGUGGCCCCCGGUCCAGGCUGAAGACGAGAAGAUUAACCGGCCAGAGCUCCCCCAGAGUCCUCGGACCCCUAGACAGAAGUCUCCUCUAGUGCUGCGCUGGGAAUCAGGUCUGAUCAAUGGACACAACAAGGACUUGGACUGAGGUGUUUUUACAGAGAUCUGCAGAUGGGAAUAAGGAACAACGAUGAAGAGGAAGAAGGAGGGAACGUGGAGUGAGAAAGAGGUCAGGGAUUGAGGCUAGAAAAGGGGUCGGGAGAAUUGGGAGCAAGGAACAUGAUUUGUGGUGGACUAAAAAAAACCCUGACGAGUCCUUCAGCAAAGAAGAGAUGUGAAUGGAGAACGUGGGGCACCUAUAAGUAGAUAAGCUCUUGGCCUGCUUCGGGUGCUGAAAAACCCUAAGACUAAUGAAUGUAAAAAGACAAUAAAAAUAAAAAAUAAUAUGUGGGAGAAAAGAAGAAUUUAGAUUUUGUAAGGAGAUUUUCAAACAAUCAGGAACUCCUUCAUCUGUGGAUUUCUUUUGUUUUGAAAAAACAAUGUGUCAUCAAGAGUCUUAUGUGCUUAACAAUAUCUACAUAGAGGAAAUAAUUUAGUUUACCACACUUGUACACACCUUAUGCAAUCUGAUGCAACAGCCAUGUAAUAAACCCUAUCUUUGCCUAGCUCA